UACAAUUGGCCAGCAGUCAGGGCCCCUCCCCCCCCACCUCCGUUAUCGCGCGCAGCAGUUUACGUCAGUAAGAGACUCCUUGAAGGGUGCAGGGAAAAUGGCGGCGCUGAGGAGCCUGCUCCGUGGAGGGAAGAGUACUUUUGGUGUGUUGUCGCGGAAGAGGUUUCAUCGGUCGGCUGUCGCCGGCGCUCAGUUGACCUAUCGAGAUGCUCUUACCCAGGCCUUGGAUGAGGAAAUUGAGAGAGAUGAAACUGUAUUUCUGCUUGGAGAGGAGGUAGCGCAGUAUGAUGGUGCAUACAAGGUGAGUCGUGGACUGUGGAAGAAGUGGGGAGAUAAGAGAAUCAUAGACACUCCUAUUUCGGAGAUGGGCUUUGCAGGAAUUGCUGUUGGUGCUGCCAUGGCUGGCUUGAGGCCCAUUUGUGAAUUCAUGACCUUCAAUUUCUCGCUGCAAGCCAUCGACCAAGUUAUAAAUUCUGCUGCCAAAACGUACUACAUGUCGGCAGGUGCAGUUCCUGUUCCUAUAGUCUUUAGAGGUCCGAAUGGUUCUUCAGCUGGGGUGGCAGCUCAGCAUUCACAGUGCUUCGCAGCAUGGUAUAGUCACUGCCCUGGCCUGAAGGUGAUUAGUCCUUGGAGUUCUGAAGAUGCCAAAGGCUUGCUAAAAUCUGCUAUUCGAGAUGAUAACCCUGUUGUUUUCUUGGAAAAUGAACUGUUGUAUGGUGUGCCUUUUGAAGUUUCUGAGGAAUUCCAGACAAAGGACUUUGUUAUCCCAAUAGGAGAAGCCAAAGUGGAAAAAGAAGGAACUAAUGUCACUUUAGUUGCACACUCCAGAAGCGUGGGGCAUUGCCUGGAUGCAGCUGUUGCUCUUGCGAAGGAAGGUAUUGAUUGUGAGGUCAUUAAUAUGCGUACCAUUAGACCUCUGGAUAUUGAAACAAUUGAAGCUAGUGUAAUGAAGACCAAUCAUCUGGUGACAGUUGAGGGUGGUUGGCCACAGUUUGGAGUGGGUGCUGAAAUUUGUGCCCGAAUUAUGGAAGGACCAGCAUUUAACUACCUGGAUGCCCCAGCUGUACGUGUCACUGGUGCAGAUAUUCCUAUGCCUUAUGCAAAGAUCUUGGAAGAUAACUCCGUACCUCAGAUUAAAGAUAUAAUAUUUUCUGUGAAGAAGGUACUGAAUGUGUAAUUGCACCAACUGCUGUUUUUCCACCCCCACCACUCCUCCUCCAUUUAAAUCCUUUCACUGAUGGUGUAUAAGUUUGAUAGCUGCUGGAAGAUUCAAAAUGUUAUAAUGCCAUGAGAGCUACAUAGUACUACUUUAGAAAGGACACUUCAGAUUUACUUUUGACUUGAACAGUGGUAGUGCUUAUCUUGAAUGGUAACUUGUGUUUCUUCCCUAAUUGUAUAUCUUAAUACCCAAUUUAUUUGUGUACAGUGCUCCAAUAUGAUUAGAAAAUCCCAUUGGUGGCACAUUAAAAGUAUGAAAAUAAGUGAAAGCAUAAUCUAUUUAAAAUCCUUACUUCUCUUAGAUUCUAGCUAGAAAACAAAUUCUGGACCUGCACUUUUUUUCUGAAAACAGGUUAUGCCCAUCAAUGAAAGGAUUGAUGAUCAACUUUAAUACCUAGUAAUUAAUUGAUGCAAACAUAUCCAACUGGCUUUAUAUAAAUGUUUCCUUUGUAUAUUUGUUCUUUUAACAGUCAAACUUAUGUAACUGGUCAAUUGGGAUUUUUAUAAAAUUAUAGCAGCACUGAUACUCAACUAUUUAUGAUUUUAUUCUAAAAAGACAUUUUGGUUAGUUUACAAAUUUAACCUUGUGCUAUAUUUUGAGUUGUAUGUCAACAUUGAUUUCAGAUCUUGUAAAAGUUCUUUAAGGUGUUGUGCUCCAAUCUAUGUACAAGUUUGAUUGUGAUGUGAUUCAGUUAUAUAACCCCAGUGAAAAUGGUCUUUAUGGUUGAUUUCAAACAAUUUUUUUUGUUGAAGGAACAGUGACUCUUCCUCCCAAAAUUCUUUUAGCAAUUACAUUUUUAGAUGUUACACCUGAACAUGCAAAUGUUAAGCAAUGUAAAAUACCUCUGACCAAGUAGUAGGAUUAAACCUGUUUGGUUUUUUUUGUUGUUACUUAUUCAUUCAUUACUUUUGGAGAGUCACUUCAAUUUUUAAGAAUCUAUCCAAACUUUAAUAGUGGGCAAGUGUUAGUCAAUUAGCAAUAAGUACAGGUUCCAAACUGCAUUACGUUCAACAAAUGAGUUGGACUUCAGGUAAGCCCCAGCUUUGACCACCUAAGAGUGUUUGAGUUUUAAUGACUAUCAAAGUUUGAUACCAAGUCACUUGAACUGUUUGAAACACGCGAAUAGAGAGCAUGUGUUGUUGUGGUGCUAUGCCCUAAAUAAAAGUUCAAAACACACAACAGCUUUAGAAUGAGGCUGGAGACUGAUUUACAGCAGAAAUUUCCCAUGUGUUGUACUGGUAUUAGUGUGAAAACAGUAAUGCUAUCUUAACUUUUUCUUCUGGAGGUUGACAAAUAAUUACUGUAUAGCCAAUUGAAAAUGAACUUGUAAAAGAAUACAUAUGACAAAAACCAGUAACGACUUCCUAGAUCCCUUUUGUGUUUUCUUGUUGAAAUUAGUGGAAACAAUAGUUUUGAAUGGCAAAGUGGCUGCUGAAUCUAGAUUAUAAGCUAUAUAAUAAAUCAGAUGUAUGUUAUACAA